UUCAACGUUUUCAUCCUUUUCAUCUGACAGCUUUUUAUUCACAAAUCAAAUUCUAUAAAUUGUAAAUAAAUACUUAUAUAGAAUAAGUACAAGUUAAAAAGUCUUGGUUUCUGUAAUCGACACAUUGUAAUCUGCCAUCGUUAAUUUAAUGUUUGUUUCGUCACAGAAAAUCGUCGAGUUUACAAAAGUAAAUAUAUGUUGAUAUGGCAUUAAUCAUGAAUGUUUAAUUGGAUCAGUGUUUUCUAUUCGAAGUUGUAGACUACUUUGAAAGCUGAAGUAAAGUACAUCCGGAAGUAAUUCUUUCAUUCGUUGCCAUGGAUCUUGCGAAUGAUUACAACGAUACUACUGAUUAUAAUGAACUGUUUCUUGCAGUCCACAAUGGAGAAUUGGACCUUGUUCAUUCUCUGCGAGAUAAAUAUUCGGCAACGGAAACAAUUCGUGGACGGACAUUGCUGCAUGUGGCGGCUGCAAGAGGACAUACGGAAAUAGCAAAACUGUUCACCACUAAGCGAGACGGAAGAGGGAAUACACCACUGCAUCUGGCGAUAAGGGAAAAUCAGCCUGAGGCAUUUAAUCUUUUUUUCGAAGAUAGUAACUUGAAUGCAAGAAAUCUCAAGGAUGAACGACCACUUCAUUAUGCAGCUUUGUAUAAUCGCCCUGAAUUCGCAAGAAAACUUAUAGACAAUGACGCUUCUAUUGGGGUGAAAGAUAGUAAGGGAAAAACGCCACUUGAUGCUGCAUUGGCGAAUGGAAACGUUCAGGUAGCAAAAGUUCUUUUUAAACAUGGAGCUGUUUUAAGUGAUGACGAUUUGACAAAUAUGGAACCUCUUCGUAACGCAGCUGGGAGAGGAGAUUUUGAAAUGGUAAAACUGCUCAUGAAGAACGGGUGUAACACAGUCGACAUUCCAACUAAAUAUGGUUCUUCUCUUUACCGAGCUGUAUCGUCUGGUCAUUUGGAAAUUCUAAAAUAUCUCAUGACGAAUGGCUUGAAAAGUAGUGCAACAAUUAAUAAUGAUAAAGUUCGUCUAUUGAAUUCAAGUGUUUCAGAUGGCAAGUUCGUUAUUUUUAAAUAUUUAGUCGAUAUUGGUAUGAAGAGUAAAGAAGUAAAUCGUAUUUUUAAUAGUAUGAUUUAUAUGGGUCGCCAUGAAAUGUGGGAAUAUUUUUUACAAAAUCUAUCGAAAAUUCAUGCAAAAACGUAUUUUAAAGAGAAACAGCUUCACUUCUCUAUUCGAAUGGGCCAAGUGCAGACUGUUAAGGCAAUUGUGAAUGAACCAUCAAACGAAUAUGAAUCGGACACUUUCGCCAGAAAAUUAGCCGUUUACAUUGCUGUUGAAAGAGGCAAUGAAGAAAUAUUAAAAAUUCUUCUAAACGCUGGUUAUCCUGCUGACAGUCUGUUUAAUUUUAUAAGUCCUCUUCAUCUUGCAGCAACAUUUGAACAUCCAAGACUAGUGAAACUGCUUUUGAAAGCUGGAGCUGAUGUUAAUUCGAAAACUGAUUUUCGUCUCACUCCAUUACAUUUCGCAGCAAUUUCAGCGCAGCCAGCUGUAGUUAAGUUUCUUCUAAAAAAAGGUGCUGAUCCCUCUAUAACCUCCCAAUGCAGUGAAUCACCCUUAAAAAUAGCCAUAGAGAUAUUUUCUCCAUUUUGUGAUCCUGUACCUGCUUCUGUUUUAGCAUUUGAAAGUUUGGUCAAAAUAACGAAGAUUUUAAUUCGAUAUUUAAAAUCUGAAGCUAUUGAAAAUUUAUUUCACUAUGCAGUUAAAAUGAGAGUUUUAUCAAGUAUCAAUAAUUCAAAACCAAAGUCAGAGAGACUAAUAUCUGCUGUAAGUGAUUCUGUAUUUCGUCCUGAAAUUGUUAGAUGCAUAUUUAAUUAUCUAAGUGAAGAGGAAGUUAAAGAUAUUUCUGAUACAUUUUUACUUGAAGAAAGUGGUUCAUCUCAUCCACCAGAGUUGUUACAACUUAUGAUGGAAUAUAAUGAUUCGAAAUCAUGUUUUGAUAUAGAAAUAAACACUUGGAAUAAAAAUAACAAGUGCCAAUUGCUCUUAAUUAGUUACUCGAAAAACUUUGAUAAUCUUUUAGAUAAAAUUUGGGAAAUUAUUGAUGAUUAUGAUGAAGAUGACGACAAUGACGUAGAGAAAGAGAAUAUAAUAGAAUUAUUAAAAUUAUUAAUAUGUCGUUUAGUAUUGUUGAACACAGAUUGUGAUCUAACUAAGUUUAAAGAAUUCGAAUUAAUUGAUCUUAUUGAUUGGCGAGAGAAGUGUUUAAACGAGAAAAGGGUCAUGCAAAGGACGAAAGUUAAUAAAAAUCUGAACUUCACAUUCUAUGAUGUAUUAACGAAAUCAAUUGAUAAAGUUUCAAUGUAUACGAGCAACAAUGAUUUUUUUAAAGCAAUCGAAUCUUCUGAUAUAAAAUUUCCGGUGUAUGCUGAUUUUUUGCAGGUGAAUGUCAAAAUAGCAGAAAGAAGAAGAAAUUUCAUCAACGACUGUGUUAAUUUAAUGUUAAAGUUGGUUCAAAACUGUCAUAGAAUUCGAAUUUCUAGAGCUGAAAUCAAUCAUAUUUUCAAAUAUCUGUCAAUUCUAGAUUUGAGAAGAUUUUCAGCAGCUUGUUCAUAAAAUGUAAUUUUAAAACAACGUAAGGAUCAGUUUUGAUGAAUAAUUUGUCAGGCGUCUCCUUUCUACGAUAAAGACAUUUUAAUUUAAAGAUUUAUUCCCAUAAAUGUAUUGGAAAGUAAUUUAAUCUUUAAUAAUAAUUAUUAAUAUAUUAUUACGUUAAUCAUAAAGUUUAAAGUUAUAUAUAUUGGGAUUACAUUGUUAAUUAAGCUUUCAGUUAAUAUGUUUUGUACGUCGACACGUUAAUUAAUUAAUUCAACUUUAACAAAUUAAACGCUUAUUAGAAAUUUCGUGUAAAGGUUUCUGAAUUGGAGGUUUUUUUAGAAUAUUUUUUUCAUAGUAAAAAAAAUAUGCAUUACUUAAAAUUUUUUUUAUAAUAAAAUACGAGUCUUACAGUAUGUAAUCGAGAAAAAAAUUUUUUUACAAAAUGAAUAAGUCUCAGAAAAGGACUAACAGAAGUGAUCUUCUCUAA